CAAGUGGCGGCGGCUGUUGCGGUUGCCAGGAGCCCGCGUUGCCGCCAGAGAGACCAGUAACAUGGCGCGGGGGAGGAGGAGAAGGAGGCGACGGACCGAGGUGCACUCUGUCAGAGCCAUUUGAGCUACUUGCUUUCUGACAAGGCCCGAGGCGAGGGAGGAAAGCUGACAGCGCCUCGAGUGAUCAGUGCCUACUGUGUGCGAACACUGUUCUGUGUCAUGGGGGUCCAGUGAACUAGACCAAGAAGGUACCUGUUCUUAUGGAGCUUACAUUUUGGAGGAGGAAGACAGACAUAAACCAAGGAAGUAAACAAGAUAAUUUCAGAUAGUGUGUGACUGUGGGAAGAUGGAAGAGUAUGAAGAGUUCUGUGAAAAAACUCUUGCCGGAAUCCAAGAAACAUCACUAUCCACAGAGAGCGUUCUACCCAGUCCGUCUGAAAGCAUCUCACUGAUUCGUUUCCAUGGAGUGGCUGUGCUUUCUCCACUGCUUAAUAUUGAGAAGAGAAAAGAAAUACAACAAGAAAAACAGAAAGCACUCGAUGUAGAAGCAAAAAAGCAGGUUAAUAGGAAGAAAGCUUUGUUGACUCGUGUCCAGGAGAUUCUUGAAAAUGUCCAGGUUAGAAAAGCACAUAAAGCCAGUGAUUUUGAUCAGUGGGAGGCGGAAACAGUUUAUUCUAAUUCAGAAGUCAGAAACUUGAAUGUUCCUGCUACAUUUCCAAAUAGCUUGCCAAUCCCUCCUGAGCACACUACUUUAACAAAGUUUGAAGAGACCCCUGUGGUUUCGCCCAUUGAUAAUGAGGACAAACAUCUACCUAAUGGAAGAGAAUUAGCUAGAGAUGCGGAAGGAUUCAAUUCUCCAGAGCAAUGUGAUCAUUCAAAUAGUCACACUGAAACCGAAGCAGCUCCAAAGAUCUCCUCAGCAGCACCGAAAGGAACUCUUAUUUCUGAAUGUCUGCUCUCAAGGACUGAAGAACAGGCUCUGCCAGUUUUGGUAGAAGUCAUCCCGGACCCCUAUGUAAUGAGUCUUCAGAACCUGAUGAAAAAGUCAAAGGAGUAUAUAGAAAGAGAACAAUCCAGACGCAGUCUGAGAAGCAGUACAAGGAGGAGUGUUAACGAGAGUCACUCAGACAAAGAAAAUGAUGCUUCGAAAGUGAGUGAGUGUGUGAAGGAGAAAUCCCCGCUGAUGGGCAAACACUGUGGCUCAGCGAUUCCUGAUAAACUUAGCCUUAAUAAAUCAAACGUUCUUCUCCAAGGUGCUUCCUCUCAACCAGGCAGCACGAAUACAUCUGUUUUAGCUAGCUUUUCUAAAGUAGAUACUCCUGUCCAAACGGGGCAUCCCACUGUUCCGGAUUCUGAGGCUGAUUUUAAAGUUAUUCCCACCUCUAUUACUGAAAAUAAUGUGAUCAAAAGUCUUACAGGUUCCUAUGCCAAAUUACCUAGUCCCGAGCUAAGUGUGAGCCCUAAAAUGCAUCGCAGGCGUUCCAGGCCAUCUUCAGCAUGUCACAUACUUAUAAAUAACCCAAUAAAUGCCUGUGAGUUAAGCCCUAAAGGAAAAGAACAAAUGGUGGACGUAAUUGUUCCCGAUACUGAUGAAAAAACAAGUGUGUUUGAAACUGUGCCAAAGUUACCAAUCGAUUUAGCAGGAGUUUGUGCAAGCAGGACUUACGUCAGCAAAACAGCUACCAAAGCCAUGGAAACUGUGGCUGUAGGUAAAUCAAGUCAGGUGCGUCAGUCUUUGGGAAAUGACUUAGAAGACAAAGUUACACAGGGACUCGCUGCUGUGGAAGGCCAGUUAACCUCUGAGGCCAGAGGAACACACACAAUGAGUAAUACCCCUUGUCCUACAGGGCCCACAUUGCAGGAUCCAUAUGUCAGUUCCGGUCAGUGUAUAGCGAGUCAAAACUUGGGAACAGUGAGUGGAUUCAGGUCAGUGAGUGUGUUUGAGAAAAACUCCUGCAAUUCUCAGAUGGAACUGAAUAAGUCUUACACUGUAAAAAAUCCAUCUCCUUUACUGAUGCAAAACCAGCGCCAUGGACAGCAGAUGGACACACCUAUGGUGUCCUGUGGAAGUGAACAACUUUUGGAUAACAGCUUGGAAAAAGUUAAGCGGAGACUGGAUUUGGAUCUGGACAGUAUGCAGAAGGAAAACUGUCCUUGUGUCAUAACCACCGGCAUAGCUGAACAGGAGAGACAAUAUUUGCCAGAAAAAAGAUACCCUAAGGGAUCUCUCUACAUUUACAAGAAUAAAAUACUAGAAACUAGCACAAAAGAAGGUGAGGAGCUGCUACAAAGCAAGAUGUUAGCUUUUGAAGAAAUGCGGAAGAGACUAGAAGAACAGCACGCCCAGCAGUUAUCCCUACUCAUAGCUGAGCAGGAAAGGGAACAGGAAAGAUUGCAGAAGGAAAUAGAAGAACAGGAGAAAAUAUUAAAAGAGAAGAAGGUGAUUACAGCAGAAGUCUCUGAAUUGAACAUUAACCAUACGGUAGAAUUAGAAUGGAGAAAAAUAAGUGACUCUGGCUUGUUGGAAACAGUGCUGUCUCAAGUGGACUCAUUCCAUACUUCGAAUUCCCAUACUUCUGGUUUCACAAAUUCUGCUCUGCAAUAUAGCUGCGGCUCUGCAAACGAGGUACCGUUCUACCUCUGGGGAUCAUCGACCAGUGGCGUGACCACACUCUCAGUACCAAGGCCCUUUGGAAGGGGCCAGCCUCGAUGGUCUCAGGUUUGUAAUCCAGAAGUACAAGUGAAGUUUAACAAAAUAACUGCCGUGGCAAAGGGAUUUCUUACUCGUAGGCUUAUGCAGACGGAUAAGCUGAAGCAACUUCGACAAACUGUAAAAGAUACUAUGGAAUUCAUGAGAAGCUUUCAGUCUGAAGCGCCUUUAAGGAGAGGCAUCGUCUCAGCACAGGAUGCAUCCCUUCAGGAGAGAGUGCUGGCACAGUUGCGCGCUGCCCUGUAUGGUAUUCAUGACAUAUUCUUUGUAAUGGAUGCAGCCGAAAGAAUGUGUAUUCUACAGCAUGAUCGAGAAGUUCGCAAAGAGAAAAUGCUCAGGCAGAUGGAUAAAAUGAAAAGUCCACGUGUGGCUCUUUCGGCUGCAACACAGAAGUCUCUGGACAGAAAGAAGUACAUGAAAGUUGCUGAAAUGGGAAUGCCAAAUAAGAAAUUUCUGGUUAAACAAAGUCCUUCUGAAACAAGAGUCCUUCAGCCAAACCAAGGACAGAAUGCUCCUGUUCAUAGGCUACUUAGUAGACAAGGAACCCCUAAGACAUCAGUGAAGGGGGUUGUGCAGAAUAGACAGAAGCCUUCCCAGAGCAGAGUGCCUAGCAGAGCGCCUCUCUCAGGAGCAUAUGCAGGAAAAAUCCAAAGAAGGCGGCCAAAUGUUGCGACAAUUUAAGAAGACAACAUUCGCUAGGAUAAGGGGAGCAGGAUUAUUGUCUAUAUAACUUUCUCUACUGAAUCAACAUUUUAUUUAACCUAGGACGGUUUACACAGGCAAAGUGACCAAAUGAAAGGGCUGAGCAAUUCUCUGCAUAAUCUGGUCAGCCUGGUUAGUUCCUGCCUCUCUCUCAUUUUCCUCUUGCAGGUUGGUGAGUCUGUUUCUUUUUUUUUCUUUUUUUUUUUUUCUUUGGUACCGGGGAUUGAACUUGGGUCCUUGGAUGUGCAAGGCAGGCCACCAAACCGCUGAGCUAAAUCCCCACCCCCCUCUAUCAGGUUUGGAUGAAGAAAAAUUAACGUUCACCUUUAUGCUGAACCUAGUCAAACCGAAGUGUAUUUUACACUUGCAGAUGUCUGAAGACCCUUUUUGUAAACUUAAAAGACAUCUGGCUUGAGUUUUACAAAAUGCUGGAAAGAUAACGAUAAAUUCUACAUCAGUUCCAAAACGUGAAUUUUAUCCAUCUCCACGGUGAUUGCUGGAUUUGAGAAACAAAUUAGAUAUGGGCCUGUUCAGAGUGAAAUCACUGCAGACCUGCUUCCCUGGUUUUAUAACUUUAAACUCCGUGCUAACUCAACCACAGGAUGUGAACCCUUGGAUGGUGAUCCCAUGUGAAAGGAAGGCAAAAGUAGCCGUGGGUCACUGUUUUGGUCAGAAGCGCACAUUCCUGUCAGCACUGUCUUACACAAAUGCCAGGUUUCGUGUGUGACUGGGUACUGUUAGAAACGGUUGUGCUGGAUUGCAAAGUCUGUGGUGGGGAACAGAUCUAGAGAAGACCUCAGAGCCUUCCUGUUGGUAGCAUCUAAGAAUGCAUUGUUGCAUCCAUUUCUGUAAAGUAGAAGUAACUUGUUGCAUGCAGUUCUAUUUUCUAUGUAGUUGUAUACUUUAUUUCUUCAGUCUCCCUUUUCUAGCAUGCUUGGCUUAGGAAAGAAUAAAGGGCUACCUAGAAUACUAAAUCCAAAUUUUUAAUAGGGUAGUAAUAUAUUGCCUAGUUAAUACUGCAUUACUUCAAGGCACAGAUAGAUUUUCAUCAGUACCAUCUUCAGUAAAACUGUCAACUAACAAAUGUUACCAAGAGAACAUUUACUGUUAAUUUAUCAUGCGACUUCUAAAAAGGGAUCUGUGCUUCUCACACAUUGGGACUAUGUAUAUUCAGUUUUUGUAACGAAUUUUAGAGAUACUGGUGGUUUGGAAAGUACAGCCUAUAUAUAUUAUUACCCUUUUGAGUAUACGGAGAUCGAUUUUUUUCUCCAAUUUUCAGUUCCAUCAAAGAACUAACGUUUACAUGCAGCUGUAGAUGGAAAAUAAACUACUCUGGAUAUAAAUUGAUUUUUAUUAAGAUGUAUCAUUGAAUGAGUAAACCAUAAAAUUAAGAGCCAAAAAAGUCUUUAAGUUACCAAUUUUUUAUUUAUAGCCCAAGUACAUACAAUUAUCCUUUUAAAUGAUAAACUGCUUUAUCAUUCGGAAAACUCAGGAUACAUCUUAUUCCUAUCGUGGUGGGUCUCUCCCGUAAAAAUAGACACAGUUUUGUGUGUACAAAACAAAUAGUAUGUUUUGGAAAAAGGUAAAAUUAGUUUUUAAGAUUGUAAAAUUUGAGUGUAUUUAAAGGUAAAAGCAUGUGUUUUCCACUUUUUUUAACCUAUAAAAGUUUCCUCAUAAAAGUG